AAAGGCAGGUUCCAUUCCAAUCACAGGGACAGAUUCCGUUUAGGUCUGCCCAGUUUUUACUGACCUUUUCCCCCUGCUUUCUCAGAUUCAAUGAAAACUGAAGGAAUUAUUUUAUGAAACCACACAAGAAGUGUUGUCCAUAGUGUAACCAUGUAAAUUAUUUAUUUAUUUAAAAAAAAAAAAAAACCCACUGAUGACAACAGAAGACAGAACUCUGAAUUUAGGGGACUUACUGGCUGAAGAGAAAGAUACCGACAAAUGUAUCACUCGUUAGACUGUAGUGGAGAAGUUGGCAGUCAUUAAGACGGGGAUCUUGGCAGCUUCUUGGGAUGUUUCCUCAAGGAAGACACCCUACAACUAUGCAGCCUGGACAAGCAUUUAAAUUUACAGUGUUGGAGACCUGUGACCGGAUCAAGGAGGAAUUUCAGUUCCUGCAGGCACAAUAUCACAGCCUGAAGUUAGAAUGUGAGAAACUAGCCGGUGAAAAGACAGAGAUGCAACGACACUAUGUUAUGUACUACGAAAUGUCAUACGGAUUGAACAUUGAAAUGCACAAACAGGCAGAAAUUGUGAAAAGGCUGACAGCUAUAAGCACUCAGGUUAUUCCAUUCCUAUCUCCUGAGCACCAGCAGCAAGUAGUCCAGGCUGUGGAACGAGCCAAGCAGGUGACCAUGGGGGAACUGAACACCAUAAUUGGAGUAAGUAUACAAGGAAGCCGAGAACCACGAGAACUGGGCCUAAUAGAAGGGCAGCAGCAGCUUCAGCAUCUUUCCCAUCAUGCACCAUCCAUUCCAUUGACACCACACUCCUCUUCACUUCAGCCCUCAGGAAUCGCUUCAGUCAGCAAUGCCGGAUUGCUAGCUCUCUCCAAUGCACUGAGCAUCCAGUCCCAGUUGGCCAUGAAGGAAGAUCGGGGACAUCUUGAAACAGAAUUUCACAGAGAUGGACCCUCAGGCAGGAGCAAAUCAACCUCCCCCGCAGACAGCCUACAUGGAGGUGACAAGCGCCGCAGUUCAACAGACUAUGGGAGUGAUGAAGUUAAAAGGAAACGGGAAGACAAAGACGUGGCUGAACAGUAUGACAGUGAUGCAGAAAAAAGUGACUGCAACCUCGUGGUGGAUGAGGAUCCUCCUUCAAUAGCUGGAAGCCCCAUUAAUUCUCCAACAAUAAAAGCCAAUGCACUAAGAAAGGAGCCUCUAUCAAGUCCUGCUUCUUUAACAUCUUCCAGAAGUAGCCCUGUACUGAAACCUAAAGACCAAGGUCUGAGCGAAAUUUCAGUGGGAACUCCUGCUUCCAAGUCUGGGUCACCGUCUCCUCCCAGGGACUCUGUAACACCUAGUCCUGGUGCAAGUUCAACUGUCCGCUUGAGACAGAUUCCAAGCAAGCCUUCUGCCUCUGAUGCCAUUAGUCUGAGGAGUCCUCUGAGUGUUACAACCUCUUAUCCAUCAUGCUUUGGGGUUAUACCUCACACAGGAAUCAAUGGGGAACUUUCUGGAACUAGUACCUACAUGAAUGUUCGAAUUGCUUCACAGAUCAGUGGAGGGACCAUGGCAACAGCUAUAUAUGGACGAUCUCCCAUGGUUGCCUUUGAGUCUCAAGCACAUUUGAGAACACCUGGAGUGUCUCCUAGCCUACCCACAAUUUCUGGAAGUAAACCUCCCUAUUCAUUCCACGUAAGUGCAGAUGGACAAAUACAGCCUGCACCAUUUCCUCCUGAUGCAUUGAUUGGCACUGGAAUUCCUCGACAUGCCAGGCAGAUCCACUCCCUCGGCCAUGGAGAGGUGGUAUGUGCUGUGACCCUCAGCAGUUCAACACGACAUGUCUACACUGGUGGGAAAGGUUGUGUGAAAGUCUGGGAUGUAAGCCAACCUGGAAAUAAAACCCCUAUUGCACAGCUGGACUGUCUGAACCGGGAUAACUACAUUCGUUCCUGUAAGCUUCUUCCAGAUGGACGGACCCUGAUUGUGGGUGGUGAGGCUAGCACAUUGUCGAUCUGGGAUCUGGCAACUCCAACACCACGAAUAAAGGCAGAGCUGACAUCAUCAGCACCGGCAUGUUACGCACUGGCCAUCAGUCCCGACGCUAAAGUCUGCUUCUCCUGCUGCAGCGAUGGAAACAUUGUGGUGUGGGACCUGCAGAAUCAAACCCUUGUGAGACAGUUUCAGGGUCACACAGAUGGGGCAAGCUGCAUUGAUAUUUCCAGUGAUGGGACGCGGCUGUGGACAGGAGGGCUGGAUAACACAGUGCGGUGUUGGGAUCUUCGAGAAGGGCGUCAGCUACAACAGCAUGAUUUCGACUCACAGAUCUUCUCUUUGGGUUACUGCCCAUCUGGAGAGUGGCUGGCAGUGGGCAUGGAAAGCAGCAACGUGGAAGUCCUGCACAUUUCCAACUCAAAUAAGUACCAACUACAUCUGCAUGAGAGCUGCGUUCUGUCUCUGAAGUUUGCCUCUACUGGUAAAUGGUUUGUGACCACUGGGAAGGACAACUUAUUGAAUGGCUGGAGAACCCCCUAUGGAGCCAGUAUUUUCCAGUCUAAAGAGACUGCCUCUGUUCUCAGCUGUGAUAUCUCUAUUGACGACAAAGUCAUUGUGACUGGCUCUGGUGACAAGAAAGCAACAGUCUAUGAGGUACAGUAUUGACACCAAAGGCAGGAAGUCUUCAAUGGAAACAUGCUUCACCAAGCUAGUUCUCUAUGACCCUCUCAGGAACAGAUGAAAAAUGAACUACACAACCACCUAUUUUUUCCAGGAUGACUAUUAGUCCAUCUUGCUCAGACAACCACUGCCAAGCAAAGAAACACGAAAAAGUAGACUGAUUUCUGAAGGUUACUGUAUUUUUUUUUGCAGUCAAAGUUUGAAGAAGCCAAACUGAAGUUUUGUGAAUAACAGAGUACAACCAUGGAAUGAUGUUGCAUAUGUACUUUACAAACUGAUUAUUUUAAAUUUGAACUGUUUAGAAAAGCUGUUUGAAUUUAACCUCUUGCGCUAGACAGAAUUUUGGAUUGCCAUUUUAUGAAACACUGACAUUUUCAUAAUCCAUGUAAAGUACUAUGGAUAAGGUAAGUUCUCCAAUUUAGACAGCUGGAGUAUUUCUCAGAGCUGAGGACAUGGAUCACUAGUAUUUCAGUAGCCUGAAUAAAAAGUAUUUUAGCAGUUAACAGCAAACCAGGAUGGAAAAUCCAUUACUACUCCUUUGCUAAUGAUUAUGGGAGUUCACAAAAUAUACGGCAUGUCUGAGAGUAGCUUUUCUGAAUGUACCAUCAUUACUGGCUGUAGAUGAAGUACUGGUGAGCCAUUUCAGGUUCUUGAGCAGGCCUAAGUCGUUUAGGGACCAUGUGGGGGGGGGUACUUUCCUUAGGUGCAAUGGAUAAGCAAACCUGUCUUGUAUCAUGCCUACAAAUCCAGACAGCAUCAGCACAGAACAGCUAUAAAGGGGACUCUAUAGAGUCUAUGUCAGCAUCUCCAAAGAAGUGAGCUGAAUAAGUCACUACAAGUAUGUUGUUUACACUGAAUAUGACUAGUAUGGAGAGGACCCUCUAACUGCAAAAUGCUUGUGUUUUUUUUUCAUAACUAACCCCCCCCCCCCAACUGCACCAACUCUAAAAAUGUUAAUGUGCCAAGACUCUGAAAACAUGCAUGCCACAGGCUAGCUGGCAAUUAGGGUAGGCCAAUCCAAUCCAUAUGAAGGUUAAGCACAUGCAUGAGGAAUAACAGCUUAGCAUAAGGAAAAUGAGUGUAUCAAGCUGAGUUUAGGACAUCAGUGUUUUAGGUCAUGUGGGCUGUAAUAGACAAAAUUCCAGGAAUCCUUCUGCACUCCCUAAAGGUCUCUUAAAUGCAGCCUGAUUUAUCUGUAUUAUGUGAAAAGCUAACUAGCCAGCUGCUCAAGUAAUUCACUGUAAUUUACUUCCUGUAUAAACUGUUCUUCUUACAUUUGUUCUUGAAUAAGUAGUUCAACACUAAUUUCUGCAUAUGCAGUCAAACAAAUGCCACUUCUAAUAUUAAUUAAUUAAUUACAACCACUGUAUGUGCAGUAUAGCAGUAACAAAUUAGGGGCAAAUAGUGAGAAAUGGCCCCUCCACUUCUGUAUUUUACAUUCACAGUUAAUGUCUCUACCACAUUGCAUACUGGACUAUCUCUCUCAUGGAAGGUAAAUGUCCCUUCUUAUUUUUUUAAUCUAUUUAUUUGUAAAGAAAAGUUGUAACACUGGCUAUUAUCUCUACUGUGUAAAACAAGUUGCAGUUUAUUGUAUGGUCUUAUAUUUAUAUGAUGCUUUAUACACUAUAUGUAUUGCUGAUUACAAUGUGUUAAAUAAGAGCAUAAUUAGUAAAUGUUUCCUUUAUA